AUGACAUCGCUCUUAGCCUCGCCUACUGUCACUAUCUCGAUCACCAGCCUUGAGGGCUCGUCGUCCUCCGUGCCACCGGCAUGUGGAUUAAGAUUUGCCCGAUACUAUCUGGACGAGAUUGCCUCGCCCAGCGGUGCACCUUUCUUCUCUGCCGACCACCAGCACUGGAUCCGCCGGUGUACAGGACAAGCUCAAGUCUUCUCCAACCUGUUGGGGCUCGAUCCAACGUCGUCAUCAUCAUCAUCAUCCUCCUCCUGUGUCGGAGGCGACUACUACUCGGCUGAUGGCAAUCAGAUCGAACUGCCGGCCCGACACGUCGUCGAAGACUAUCUGCAAAUGUUUCGGGCGGCUCCCUUUCGACUCGUGUUCCCCAUCGUCGACGGUGUCUUGUUUCAAGAAACCGUCAGUCAGGCUUACGAUCCGCACCACGCAGCCAACUCAGCAGCCCAGGCCUGUCUCUUCUCCUUCCUUGCCAUCAUUACCCAUACCCAAUGGAGCCCGCGCAACACGGCCGUCGUUAUUGACAGCGAGGCAUGUGUCUGGCAGGCCCAGCGCCUGAUGCCCCUGGCCCAAGCGAGCCAGGAUAUUACGGGACUCCAAACUUGCCUUAUGCAGUGCAUGUAUCACCUCUUCUGCGGCAAGAUUCAGAUGGCCUCGAUGGCCCUUGCUCUUACCUGUCGCCUGUUGUUCCCGUUGGGAGCCCACAGGCAGCCCACCGCAGGGAGCGAUGCGCCCGAGCAGCAAAGCCGGACAAGAAGCCACGCGCGCAAGCUGUUCUGGCUCUGCUACACCUUUGACAAGAUCGUGGCGCUUCGGACCAGCCAGCCUCCCUGCAUCGAUGAUGAGCACUGCGACCUUGCGCUACCUCCGGGCUACGUAGAAGGGCUAUACGUUGACCACAAUGAUACCAUUGGUAGCAGGAGCGGCGCCCUCUGCUGUCUGCCGGGCGAUUUGCGGCUGAGCAUCAUCAAGUCCAAGGCCUGCAGGCUGCUAUACUCGGUCCGCCUACAGCAGUACAACCAGCAGCAUCACCAGCCAACCCCCAAGGCUGGGCUGCUGCGCGAAGUGCGCGAGCUGGACAGUGAGCUAGAGCGGUGGCGCCUCUCCAUCCCGGCCCGGUUCCGGCCCAUGCUGCUCAGCCGGAGCUACGGCGGCAACAACAACGGCGCCUGGUGGCUUGACCCGGCUUUGGACGCCAGCCAGAGGAUGCAUGUUAUGGUGCUGCACUUUGAGUACCAGCACCUUGUGGCCGCUCUGCACAGAGCCGCGAGCCCGUGGCUCACCUGGGGAAGCGAAGCAACCGUAUCAACGGCGGCGACCUUGCCGUUGGGGUCCAGUCAGAGUCAGACCUUGUCUAUCGAGGCCAGCCGGUCUUGUCUAACGUACUUUCGCGAUGCUGCUCCUUCCCUGAUGGGAGCUGCCUUUUGGGUGCUACUCUUCUACCCCGUAUCUGCCGUAGUCACUCUGUUUUUCAAUCUGUUGCGGAAUCCACUGGACGAUCAGUCGGCAGACGACCUCAGACUACUCGAGUCCAUCCCGAACUUCGUGAGCGUGGAUCGUGCCAGGAGCUCGAUCCCACCCCAUGUGCUUGACUUGAACACCUUUGAUGAUUUUGUGGCUGAGGUGAUCCGAUUGUCCAAGUGUGCUAUGACUAUGGCCGGCCACGUCAAGUAG